GUGAAUUUCUUGGGAGGGAGGUGAUGGUGAGGUGGAAUUUGGUGUCGGUUUUCAGUGGCCACUCUUCUUGGCACUGCCCUGCCAUUCUGCAUUGGAUUCCUUGUCUGUUAUCUGUAGCUGCGCUUCAUGUACUUCCUUUUUGUUUGGUUGCAUGGACGUCUCGGAGCGUUGGUUAGAUAGGUCCUUGUCAAGGCUCUUGUCUUCGUCGUCGUUGUUGUUAUUCUUCUUCUUUGUACCCGGAGAGACUGAGCAGUAGUUAUGCCAUGCUAAUGUUUCGCCUUCACUAUGUGUAUCUCGUGUAGUGUUUGCGGACGGUGUGUGACGAAAUUCUAGUGUUGUCUGGUUUUCUUUUAUUGCAAUCGUGGCGGAAGCGAGGUUUGGCUGGAUCGUUGCAUGUACAGUGGAUCCACUAGUGGAUUGUUUGUGAGGCUAUUACAGCGAAAUGGCUCGAAGACGACUUCUGUGUCAUGUACUGGAAGCUCGCUUUUUAUUGACACAAUAUGCUGACUCGCUCAGCCCGACGACUUCUUGGAAGAACUUGCUCCAUAGCGAAAUACCAAAAUGAAGAUUUCUCAAAAUUCGUAGAUAAUUCUGGAGCCCACCACUCGCAUCGGAAGGGUCCCGCCCUGACAGAGCUGUGUAAGUUCACUGGUUUGGAUGGAGAAUGUUCCGGCUUCCAAAAUGACAUAUUGAAAAGGGGAAUCUCCUGCGGGCAUCGUGUGUUCAGCACUACAGGUUUUCGAGUAUUAGACCCGCUACAACAAGGGAUGUCAGAGAUGAUGGCCGACCUGGCUCCUCUGCCAUCAGAUAUUCGCUAUGAGGACCUCGUAAUUACAAGAUCGAAGCACCUUCAGGUGAAACCCAAACUAGAUGCGACAACACUCAAGUUUGGAGCGGUAUAUAGUGACCACAUGCUGCAAGCUUCAUGGAAGGAUGGUCUUGGCUGGACGGCCCCCUCCAUUGAUCCACUGGGUCCCAUUUCCCUCCAUCCAUGCGCACAAGUGCUGCACUAUGCGGUUGAAUGUUUUGAGGGGAUGAAAUGUUACAAGGGAAAGGAUGGGCGAUUGAGACUUUUUCGUCCUGAUAUGAAUAUGGAUCGUUUGGCGCGUUCUGCUGCUCGUCUAACAUUGCCUCAUUUUGACAAGGUGGAGUUGCUGGAAUGCAUAAAAGAGCUUCUGCGAGUGGAGCGUGACUGGGUUCCUGACAAAGAGGGCUUUUCAGUAUACAUUCGACCGACGAUGAUUGGCACUCACCCGUUUCUCGGCGUCGGUCCAACAAGAGAAGCCCUGUUGUUUGUUGUUCUAUCACCGGUUGGUCCAUAUUUUCCCAGUGGCUUGAAACCCAUUAAGUUGUAUGUCGAGACACAGAACGUGCGUGCUUUUCCAGGAGGGGUAGGAGAUAAGAAGAUAGGUGGUAAUUACGCCCCAACUAUACUGCCUCAACUGAAUGGUUCUCAUCUGGGCUGUUCGCAAGUGUUGUUCGUGUUGCAAGACGGAAAUUCUACGGGCGGUCUUGUUGGAGAGUCAGGUUCAAUGAAUAUGUUCUUUCUCAUCCGACAAGAGGGCAAGGAUGGUGAUCUGGAACUCGUGACUCCUCCUUUGGAUGGGCUCAUACUUCCUGGCGUUACAAGGGACACUGUGCUCACACUUGCACGGGGAUUUGGAGGCAUGAAGGUGUCUGAGAGGCCUCUUCGUUUUGAUGAGCUGGAGCGAGCUGCGGAAACCGGUCGAUUAUUGGAGGUGUUCGGUACAGGCACAGCUUGCAUGAUACAGCCAGUGAUGGGCCUCGUAAAGAAAGAUCACACUGAGAUCGCCAUUCCAUUUAACGAGGAGGCUGCGAAGUACUGGCUAGCUAAGCCACCUGGAAUAGCUGCGCUCCCAGAUUUAUCCGGAGGAGAGCCAUUCAGCCUAUGCGGGCGUCUAAGCAGAGCACUUCUUGAUGUACAAUAUGGAUACAUCGACAGUCAGUGGUCAAUUAUGGUUGACCCAUGAAUAGACUCAGAAAAACGAUGCUACGAUCAAGUUUUGUGCAUAAGAUUGAGACACAUCAAAUCAACAUAGCAGUUGCAAUUUUGUUGAGUUUUGUUUUUAUUUUUUCUUCUCGAAGAAACCUACUACAAUGCCAAGUAAAUCUAUGAAAUAGUAAAUGUGCAAUUCCAAAUCUCAA